GUAGUUAGAGUUGGACAUAAAGUCGAGAAUAAAUUUAGCACGUUCACUGAAUAGUACCUGCACCAGGAGCGCUUUUUUGGUUUGGUUAGGUUUUUAAAGUGAACUGUCCAGGAGUGCCAAACAAGAGACGCACAAAGAGAAACUCCCUGGAAAAGUUACGGAUGCAAACGUGAACUUGACACAUACUGAGAAAUCAGAGCGGAUAAUCAAGGGCUUAGACUGUCAAAGUGAGGAACCGCUUAAACCACCAGGAAACACACAAUCAUGAGGAAAUCUGCAUAUCCAGCACGAACCUCCAGCGGUCGAGCAAGGAGAACGGAAAGAGAGGCCUCUGGCAUCACCAGCCCCACGCUGAAACGCUCGUUUGAGGUGGAGGAAGCAGAUACAUCCACACACCCAUCACCCCUGACUCGCCGGACCACCAACCCCCUCCGCUCAUCCACCUCCUCCACAUCCAGCCAGCGGAGCUAUGAUGUGAGCUCUCGCAACUCUGACUACUCCUCUACCAGGUCCUCACCAUCUGAGUCCUCCAGUCUACGCUCCCCGAAGUCUGGCAUGAGGCGCAUUGAGUUGUCAGGGGGUCGUAACGCUGAUGCAGCCUCUUCCCGCCGUGCGGAAAUGUCCAUCGAGGUCUCCUCCAAGCAGAUAGAUAGCUCGCCCAGUGCUGGCAUCACUCGCUUUGGCCUCAAACGGCCAGAGGUCAGCCUGAGCAAUCGGAGUACCUCCCUGGAGAGCUCCUCCAAUUCCAUCUCGAGCACCAGUAGCAGGCGGGCAGAGCUCAGCAUGACAAGGUCCCAUGAGCCCCCUGCCCCUCCCAGGAGGAUGGACUCCCAGAUGUCCUCAACCCCAGUCUCGAGGAUCCCUGAGCCCCCCCAGAGAAGAGCAGAACCUCCGUCACCCAACCUCAGUCCGGUUGACGUGGCUUUCAAGAGGCCAGAGGUUUCUGUGGAGAACAACGGCCACCAGCCACCUGCACCUGUCGCCCCCCUGCCUUCCCCUGCAGAGAGGGUGGAGAGGGUGCAGUCGCCUGUCACAGAGCCGUCUGCAAGCCGACCAGCAGACAGACCCGAAGUGUUUACCAGCUACAGCAGCAGCAGCAGCAGUACCAUGUCUGAGGCGGUGUUGCCUGAUGCUGUGGUGUCCCCCGCAGUGGGUGGUCUGUACGGGGAGAAGGCAGGUGGCCCCGUGUUGGACUUCAGCUAUGUGGGUAUUGAUGCCAUUCUGGAGCAGAUGAGGAGGAAGGCCAUGAAGCAGGGGUUUGAGCUCAACAUUAUGGUUGUGGGACAAAGCGGCCUGGGAAAGUCUACUCUGAUGAACACGCUGUUCAAGUCUAAAGUCAGCCGUAAGUCAGUGCUGGCUACGGCCCAGGAGAAGAUCCCCAAAACAGUCGAAAUCAAGUCCAUCAGUCACGACAUUGAGGAGAAGGGAGUAAGAAUGAAGCUGACAGUGAUUGACACACCAGGCUUUGGAGAUCAGAUCAACAAUGAAAACUGCUGGCAGCCCAUCAUGAAGUUCAUUAAUGAUCAGUAUGAGGCGUACCUACAGGAAGAAAUCAACAUCAACAGGAAGAAAAGGAUCCCAGACUCCAGAGUCCACUGCUGCAUAUACUUCAUCCCCCCGACUGGACACUGUCUCCGGCCUCUUGAUGUAGAAUUCAUGAGACGUCUGAGUAAGGUGGUCAACAUCGUCCCAGUCAUUGCCAAAGCAGAUACACUCACGCUGGAGGAGAGAGACUUCUUCAAAAAGAAGAUCAGGGAAGAGCUUCGAGCCAAUGGGAUCGAUGUGUACCCACAGAAGGAAUUUGACGAGGAUGCAGAGGACAGAAUGAUCAAUGAAAAGAUCAGGGAGAUGAUCCCAUUUGCUGUGGUGGGCAGUGAUCAGGAGUACCAGGUCAAUGGCAGGAGGCUGCUGGGGAGGAAGACCAAAUGGGGAACCAUUGAAGUUGAGAACAUAGCCCACUGUGAGUUUGCUUAUUUACGGGAUCUCCUCAUCAGAACCCAUAUGCAGAACAUUAAGGACAUCACCAGCAGCAUCCACUAUGAAAUGUAUCGUGUGAGGCGCCUCAAUGAGAAUAACACGAUGGUGGCUCAUGCCAACGGUAUCCCAGAGCAUCAUCUUGCCGCCCACGAGAUGUAGACGCCGCCUGCCCCCCCAUCACAGUGUAACUCAUUUGUUUGAGACUGAUGUUCAGUAACAGUCUUCCCUUCACUCCAACCCCUCCACACCUAACCCCCCACCUCACAGGGUGAGAAAAACUUAAAAGCCUGCCAGAGGGACUUUCUCUUCAGUGACUUUUGGCGGCUGAAUGGACUAUUUGUCAGUUUAAUGCUUCUUGAAUAAAUCCUCUCACUAUCGCUGACCAAGAGAGGGAUUUUUACCUGCUUACAGUUAAUAUUUGUGGUGCCAAAAUUUCAGCUUCUACCAAACUGAACAAACUGACACUGAAGUGCCUUCAUAAUUAACAUAUUAAACUCGUCCACUUUGCCUUUUUGCAAAUUUUGGUGUUUUUUUAGCAGUGCCUGUAGGAACGUGGGCCACAGUUUUUUUUUUUUGGUUUUUUUUUUUUUCUUUAUGCACACACCUAUAAUGACAUAUGUGAAAAAUGAAUAUUCUUGCUUUAUGCAGUGAUCAAGUGCAGGUUGGAGGAGGGCCAGGCAGCGCUUUGCCAACUUGUAACAAACAUAAAGGCAAGUGUGACGCAGCUUCACUCAGCUCUCUCCCCAUAGUUAAAUGACAACAAAACGGUUACAGAUAGCACAUCACAUGUUUGACUUCAUCUUUUCUGUCACAACUUGUUUCUCUUUAACAGUUAUACAUUCUUGUUCUCUUAAAGGUGGGUGUCCUGCCCUUGACAUCAUGAUUUUUUUUUUUAAUUCCCAGUUAUUAAUGUCAGUCUUUAUGAAUAAAAAUAUCUUAAGAGUGAUUUAAGAUGAAAGUAUUUAUGCACGAUAUAAAAUGUGAAUGUUUGCCAUCAGCUGUAGUCCAUAAAUUCAGAUUAGUAACACACACAUGUCAGCAUACGCAUACACUUCUCCUGCUUUGGGCCCAUCGUGGCGCCUUAUUUAUUGGAGGGUGUUUUUCAAGCAUGUUGGCCAAAACUGGAAAGAGAGCAGGUUUGUUAGUGCCAAGCUGAUUAUAGUUAAUGUUUUUCAGUCCCCUUGAAUUAUUUUUUUAAUCUAGUCUUCCACUGACCAGCCCACUUUUUUUUUUUUCUGUCUUCCAUAAUGUACCAAGGACCUUUCUCUUUCAUCCAUAUAUAACUUCCUAAGCUCUCACUGUCAUGCUCUGUCCUGUAUAUUCAUCUGUGUUCCGAUACAUUUUUUGUACUUGUAUUAUUGAUAACAAAUUUUCCUUUAUCUUAUUUGAAAGAAAUAAAGAUUGAAGUUGUAAAUAUU